UGUGUGUGUGUGUGUGUGUGUGUGUGUGUGUGUGUGUGUGUGUGUGUUGGCACAACAGUACGGCAUGACUGCCAAUGGCUCUGAGGGUUGUGACCAGCCAGGGCUACCCCAGGCUAGCUUUAGGUCGCUGUUCCACAUUCACUACAGCAGCCACAGUAGACAUGCAGCAGGGAGUUGUGACUUAAUGACUCCAACAGGAGUUGCGUCAGUUUGCAAGUAAAGGUUGAUCGGGCCUGUCUGGGUCGACAGACAGGAUGAGUUUGUUAAAGUGAUUGAAAUCUCUUGCUCAAAUCAAUAAUUUCCUUUCUCUUUAUCAAACUCCAUUAUCUCCUUCCUCUGAUUUCGAUUUUGUAAAUCCACAAUUUCUCCAUUUCCUUUAUGGUCAAUCAUAUUCAAAUAACAGAUUCCUCUUUCAUGUGUUAUUUCUUUGUUCCUAAUUUUUCAUGAUCCCGCCAUUGCUUAAUGCAUCACUUAGUUAUUUUUGUCCUCAUGCCGUGGAAUCACAGGGCCUCGAUUUGUAAAUGGAUACUUUAUAUUUACCGUUGUGUGAUGGAAAGAAAGCUGAAAGCUAUAUUUUAUUAAUAAAGCUGUAUUGUUUCACAUCAUUUAUUGUGCUAGUGGCUAGCCUGUAUCAUGUUAAAAUCCUAUAGCAGAGGCAUCUGAUGCUAAAACAUUUUUAAAUAUCAUGCUGGUUAAUUUGAAAGUAAAGCACAAAGGUGUAUUUUUUCAGUUUUUUGGCCAGGAAUCUAUAAAAUCAAUAAAAUCUAUAGAUAAUGCAUAGAUUUUGCAUUUUAUAAAUGUUUAACAGUAUUCUUUGUCGCCGUGUCCAUUUCCCUCUGAAACAAAAAAGGGAAUAUCAUCGCUAUAACGAUCAAAGGCAAGCAUUCAAACCGCUAUCUGCUGUACGCUGUGCUGAUCGUUUCCCUGUGUCCGUUUACUGAUGUGUUACUCUCUGCAGACUACAAACAAGUUCUACCAAAGCUUUGGGAUUGUUUGGUGACUGCUACUUGACCCAGAUAUGGCGCUCAGCUGUGCGUAUUAGCAUGCCCAGGCCCAUUCAGAGGCAGUGUAUUGUGACAGUGUGAUGGGUCCCACCAGAUGAGGCCAGGCCUGUCUGGAAACACUGGCUGCAAUCUCCCACCAUAGCUUGUUGACACAAGUCAAUGGAGAAUGUAGCCUAGCUUAGAUUCUGUAGCGACCGCUCAGCUUUAGGUCCCUCUUAUUACUUCUGUAGACUGUAGGGAAUACAAUUUAAGUCCAUUUUAAAUAAACAAGUAUGCCUGUGAAAUAAAUAUAUAUGCCAGUGUGAAAUAAAUCCUGAAUUAAAUAUACAGUCACUAUAGUUCAAUAAAUAAAAUAAAUAAAUGCGUAUUUCUCAGAAGGACCUCUUUUAUUUAUAUUAUUUCAUUUCAUAAUUCCAUAUUUAUUUCCAUCCGUUAUAUCCGAAUAAGUGGGGCGUGGUCAUCUCAGAUCAAAGCUACAGCACCAGAACAGCACUGACCACUUGAUAAGGCUCAUAGUAGGUUGUUGUAAUGCACCUGGCCUCACCGUCCAUGGGACAAACCCUGCCAAAUAUAAGCUUCACUGAUUCUCGUGUGGUGUUGCAGGGCUCAAGUCAUGAGUUUUUGCCGACCCUCGUCGAGUCGGGAGUGCAAAGAUGUUUUUGAAAUUGCUUGAUAUCGGGCCAGACUCACGAAGUGUGUGAUUGCGUAGAGUGGACCAUCAGAAGGAACGGUCUUCAUGUGUGUAGAACGUGCACCUCGCAUGUUCCCAAUCGCCUAGUGUGGACCACCGGCCCGACGGCAUGCAAGAAUGCUCAGCAGGCCCGGUUGUGUAGUAUGUACUGCUGAAGUUUGCCCCGACUUUAAAAGUUGCUUAGUUGACAGGAGCCACCCUCCAUUACACAAGGAGAAGAAGAGUGCAUGACUGCUCUGCUACUCUAUCUAUUCAUGAGUGGUACAGUUAGGUCUAUCUAUGAGAAGAACACCCCAUGUAGCCUUCCUUCCAUCUGCUAGAAAUGUUGCAGCUUUGUUUAUACUCAGAGCUAAUGUAUAUUGAGGGAUUCAGUGCUGUUUUCAUUUGUGCCCCACUCAUUUGUGUAUAAUAGAUUGAAAAAGAAAGAGCUGGGCUAAUAAAUGUGGCAUUAUGAAAUAACAGUCCCCUGAAAUAACUAAACAUGGCAUUAUGAGUACUGUGAGUACCUGAUAAAAUAUUAAUAAAUAAUUUUUUUAAUAUAUUUAUCUAUUCGUUUAUUUGAUAUUGACUUGACUUGCUUCCCUACUUCCCCUCCUGCUCCCCCUCUUUUCACACCAACUGAGUACAAACGUUCUCCUCAUACCUUUCCGUUAAUUAUCACUUGUUUGCAUAAGUUAUUUAUUUUUUACCUUUUGGGCCACCACCCUUCUAUUCUUUGUCCCUUAUCUCACCUUGUGUCACUAUAGCAACCAGUACACUGGUAAAGUGGCUAGAUUCGACUUUGCCGCCUUGUCUACACUUUGAUCUAAGCAGAGUGUGCUAAGAGUGUAAGUUUUGACUGUUUGUAAUGGUAAGUCUAUUUAUGUUAUGCACAGAGCAGUAUUUAAAAUGUAUAGUAUGCUAUUGAAUUCAAGAAAUCAUUCAUUUUUUUCCACCAAAUAAAUUUUGAAUGGUUCAUCACAUUUGUCAAAUGUUCAAGAUUUUUUUUUUUUGCCAUUUUAUCCGACACCAACACUAACACUAUUAUUUCUGCAUAAAAUGGGAAUCGAGGUAUACCGGAAUUGGAAGUGGUUGAGUUGCUGUGGUCCGGAAAACAAUUACUCAUCAACGUCGACGACGCUGAGUCGAGUAUCUGCCAGGCUCGGGCCACGGUGAUGAUCUACGACGAUGGCAACAAGAAGUGGCUGCCGGCGGGCACCGGGCCACAGGCCUUCAGCAGGGUGCAGAUCUACCACAACCCCACCAACAAUGCCUUCAGGGUGGUGGGGCGCAAGAUGCAGGCGGACCAACAGGUGGUCAUCAACUGUCCAAUCGUGAAGGGUCUGAAGUACAACCAGGCCACGCCCAACUUCCACCAGUGGCGUGACGCGCGGCAGGUCUGGGGGCUGAACUUUGGCAGCAAGGAGGACGCCACGCUGUUCGCCAACGGCAUGAGUCACGCGCUGGAGGUGCUCGGCUCCAUGGCAGACGCAGGUUACGCCACCCUCCCCCGCCCAGUGUCCAAUGGCCCGUCCCCAGAGGAGCUGGAGCAGCAGAGGAGAGCCGAGCAGCAGAAGCUGGAACAGCUGGAGAGGGAGCGCCAGGAGAAGGAGAGGAAUGAGAGAGAGAGGCUGGAAAGGGAGAGGAUGGAGAGAGAGAGACAAGCUGCUGCAGUUUCCAUUCCCCCAGCUCCCCCUAUGGGCGCGGGGGCUCCCCCGCCGCCACCACCGCCCCCUCCUCCUCCACCCCCCGGCCCGCCUCCUCCCCCCUCUGGGGGCGGCGGCCCUCCCCCCUCUGGUGGCGGGAUCCCUCCCCCUCCUGGACCACCACCUCCACAACUCGGGGCAGGUGCCCCGCCCCCGCCGCCGUUGCCCUCCGGUGGGCUGGGAGGGGAUAGCGGAGGAGGAGGAGGAGGAGGGGGGUUAGGAGGCCUGGCAGGGGCACUGGCAGCAGCUAAACUCCGGAAAGCAUCCAAGCAGGAGGAUGCAGGGGCUGCUCUGGGGAGGACCGACUCCAGCCGCAGCUCUAACUCUUCCAGUGGAGGUGGAGGGGGAGGGGGUGGAGGUGGAGGAGGCGGAGGCGGAGGUCUGAUGGGGGAGAUGAGUGCCAUACUGGCACGGAGGAGAAAAGCUGCAGACACUGGAGAGAAGGUGCCUGCAAAGACACAGGAUAAUGAUGAUUCUGAGUCUGCCAGCCAGAACGACACUCGUAAACCGUGGGAGAAGUCGUCGAUGAGCAGGAUAAACUCCGUCUCCAAGAACAUGGACUCCACUUCCUCAUUGCCCCAGGGUUCCAGGGUGAAGACUGGGGGCGGUGCUGGUAAUGGUAAUGAUGCCGGAGGAGGCGACGACACAGAUCUUGAGAAAAUGAAACAGGAAAUCCUAGAUGAGGUGAGGAAGGAGCUACAAAAAGUCAAGGAGGAGAUCAUUGGAGCCUUUGUUCAGGAGCUUCAGAAGAGAAGCACAUGAGGAUCAGAGGAUUGAGUUUGGAUACGGACCUGCAUGGGUUCUUCCUCACUGCCCCCUCCUGCUCAGCCCAGGGAUUUAUAGUCCUCUCUAUCUCUAGCCUCUCAAUCUAAUCUAUGUCACUCUAUCUCACACACACACACACACACACACACACACACACACACACACACACACACACACACACACACUAGGCAAUGCCUACUGUCUCUUACACAUGCACAUGUAAGCACGCUUGCUUAAUAUGUCCCACCGUACAUAUUCACUUUAUCAAAAGAAAAAAAUAUAAAGAAAAAUGAACAGACCACAGGGAAUCCUUUUCACAUCCUAUAUGCCAUCAGGGACUUUGAUGAUCUUAAACCAUUGCUGUUGUAGCCAUGACCCCAACUUUCAUCAACUCAUUGAAUGCGCCCAUGUCCAUGUCCCUCCUGAUCAUUCCUUCCAUUAAGACCACCUCUGAGCACAGUAUGUCUUCCCCGUCCCCUCUGUGUGGUCCAUCAACCAUGUCCCCCCCCCUCCCCCGACCGAUCGCUUUCUUCCGCCUCGACCUCGAAACACGGCAGUUAUAAACACACAGGGUGAUUUUCAGUAUCACGCUGGUCUUCAGGCCACGCCAGUUAUCCACAGGGUGAUCUACAGUAUUCGGGGACAUCAUCAUCACCGUCAUUCACUUUGGUUACUGUCCUGUAUCGUGAGAUAUUGGCAUGCAGGGAUUUCUAAGCAAUCAACUUUUUUCUCUUCAAAUCUUUUUUUUCUAUUCCCUCUCUGGUGACACACUUUUCUUCAUCCUCAAGACACUGCCUAUACAGAGAGCUUGGUUCAACACCCUCCCCAACCCCCCACCCCAAAAUAUCACACAACAACCAAACAAAAAGGAGUUUUGCCUUGAUGGCAGACUGAAAAAGGAAGGACAUGGCGUUGGAGAACAGGGAAUUCAGAGAACCUUUUACGUUGAGCGCUCUGGGCUGCCACGAUGCAUGCGGGUCUAAAGGCACAUCGACAAGUGCUCGGUUCCAGCCCCCACGUCCGAUGGAUUUUAAAGCUCCCAAAACACUGGCCAUUGGCAUUUAAACACAGCUCCAGCCUACCACACCACAAGACGGAGGAAUCACAUGGCGGAGAGGAGAAGCAAAGGGAAUGGGAUUACUACAAACACGACACCCAGAGUGCUGUGGAAGAGGGUCGCGUGUUGUCGUUUGUGACAGAGCAGUGGGUAUUGUAAGUUGGAAAUGGUUUGGAAAGUCGGUUUUCUUUGCGUUGCACUUGUUUCAGAGAAAGUGUGUCAGCGUGCUAUACUGAAUUGACACAUGAGCUUUGCCCUCCCACUCAGAGAGAAUCGGUUGGCCAGUGCAGUUCCCCUAAACUGUGCUUCUUGUACAAUGAUUUCUUUUCUUUUUUUUGAAUUCUGGGUAUGUUUUCUAACUUUAAAACAUGAAAUAAAAUUGGCCAUGACAAGGUCAAUUAAUUUGGCCAAGUCCAACUGCCUUGAGAAUAAAUAUAUAAAUAUAUAUAUAAGGAAAAUAUAUAUUUGUUUUGAGGGAAAUUGUUAUCAAAAAAUUAAAUGCUGUUUCUAUUUUAAUUGAUGACUGGUGAAUGGGUUUUUUGAUGAUUGUUUUCUUAAGAAAUGUUUUGGGUUUACUAUUGUUUCUUUUUUUCUAUAGAGUAUAGACUUUUUACACUUGAAAUAUAAAGACAACAGCUUAGAGACACUGGAUUAGAAAUGCCUUUAUAGUCAAAUACAGCUGCUUCUUGAAAUGCA